GCUACUUUAAUUUACAACUUCAUUGAUAAUUUGAAAAAAAAAAACGGCCGUUUCGGAAGAAUCUCAGAGAAGACAUUACGCUCUCUCCUUCUCUUCCUCCUUACCUCGCCUCCGUCUUUGCCUGAAAGAGGAAACGGAGUAUUGAUCUUCAGGCAACGGUUUUGAGGAUGGUUACCGGCAGUAACAUAGAUAUGCUACCAACGAUGGAUAAUGGUUUUGAAAUACCUAGUGGGAGUUUGGAAGAGAGUUUGACUGAACUAGAAUUGCUUUUGCGAGCUCGUCAUAACCAACAAUCUGUGGGUCAUGACAGGGAUCUUAACAUAUAUAGAAGUGGCAGUGCGCCACCCACGGUUGAGGGAUCCUUGAGUGCUGUUGGUAGUCUUUUUGCUUAUCCUGAUUUUGGAGACAAUAAUGGUGUCAGUGGUGUUGGUGAUAGUACUACUGGCAAUAAUGGAAUGCUGUCUGAAGAUGAGAUACGUUCGCAUCCUGCAUAUCUUUCAUACUAUUACUCCCACGAAAACAUAAAUCCAAGGCUGCCUCCACCAUUGUUAUCAAAAGAGGAUUGGCGAGUUGCACAAAGGUUCCAGGCUAGUGGCUCUUCCAUUGGGAACAUUGGGGACUGGAGAAAGAAGAAGUUGGUUGAUGGUGGUGAUAGUUCAUCAUUAUUUUCGAUGCAACCUGGUCUUUAUGUGCAACAAGGACAAAAUGAUUUGAUGGAACUGAGGAAUGCCAAUGCAAGGAAUAUGUCCAGGAAGAUGUCUGCUGAGUGGCUUGAUAGAGGCCCAGAUGGUUUGGCUCCGCUGUCUGCUACUGGGAUUGGUGCAAGGAGGAAGAGUUUUGCUGACAUUCUUCAGGGUGGACUUGAUCGACCUGCCAUCUUAACUGGCCACCUGUCAAGGCCAGCAAGUCGAAAUACUUUCAGUGAUAUGUUGGAUGUGGCUAGCAUUGCUGAUCCCAGCCCUCCUGGUUUUGGUAGUGGAGCAGAGUCCUUGGAGGGCUUGCCUGCUGGUGUAGCUCAUCUUAAGAGCCAUGGUAAAACUACUUCUCACUCUUUUGCCUCCGCUGUGGGUUCUUCGCUAUCAAGGAGUACAACUCCUGAACAACAUUUAGUUGGGAGGUCUCCUGGUUCUGGACUUCCUCCUGUUGGGAGCAAGGUCAGCCUAGUAGAUAAAAAGAAUAUUGUUGGAUCAAAUGCUCAAAAUGGGCAUCCGUCUGCUGCGCCUGAGCUUGCUGAACUUGCAGCUACAAUAUCUGGGUUGAACUUAUCGAAAACUAGACAUGCAGAUGAGAAUAGCCACAUGCGAUCUCAUCUUCAGGCUGAUCUGGGUAAUCAGCAGAAUUUUCCAUUAAACUUGCCAAAUGGUCAUAGUCAUAGUGUGCAGCAGCAAUUCAUUGACAAGUCCAGUGCUGAAAAGCUCUUAUUUUCUCCAAACUAUAUUGACUUCGCAAGGGAAAAGGGGAUUGCACCUAAUAUUAAUGCUUCUAAGAUUAGUUCCAAUGGGGAAGUCAGGAUUCCCAAAAGAACUUCCUCUUCUGCAGAUCUUUAUGCAAAAGUGCAUCCUUCUGGAUUUGGAAGUUUGGAAGGAUCUGAUGUUGCACAUCCCAAUGUGAAUCUUUUGAACACAGAUUUCAUUGGCCGUCUACCUGGUGCUUAUUCGGUUAACCAGAAGCUAAAUUCUGCAGUUAAGAACAAUUUAAGUGCGGGUUUCUCCUUGACUGGUACUGGUGAUAGGCAAAGUUCAAAUAGAGCAGGAAAUCAAGGGUCUGACCUCCUUUCUCCACUUGUAGAUCCUCGUUUUAUGCAAUACUUACAAAGAACUUCUUAUGGGACACAUACUGCGGCUAGUCCUGAUUCUUUGCUUGCCGGGAACCAUGGUGGUACUUUGCAUGGGGAUUUGGAUGGCCUUCAAAAGGCAUACAUUGAGGCAAUACUAGCUCAGCAGAAGCAGCAGUAUGAAUUGUCGCUUUUAGGUAAAGCUGGUGGUCUAAAUCAGGGCUAUUAUGGGAAUUCUUCAUAUGGCCUCGGCAUGCCAUAUGCUGGAAAUCCACUGGCAAAUUCUGUACUUGCGAACAUUGGUUCUGGGAGCAUACAGAAUGAUAGAACUGCACGUUUUAAUUCAAUGAUGAGAAGCUCAUCAGGGUCAUGGCACUCAGAUAUCAGUAGUAGUAUGGAUGGAAGAUAUGUAUCAUCUUUAUUGGAUGAAUUUAAGAACAACAAGACUAGGUCUUUUGAACUCUUAGACAUUGCUGACCAUGUUGUUGAAUUCAGUACGGAUCAGUACGGUAGUCGCUUUAUUCAGCAGAAAUUAGAAACUGCCACAGAGGAAGAGAAGAUCAAAAUAUUUCCUAAGAUUAUUCCCCAUGCUUGUGCUUUGAUGACUGAUGUCUUUGGAAAUUAUGUCAUACAGAAAUUUUUUGAGCAUGGUACAGAAAGUCAAAGAGCGGACUUAGCCACUCAGCUUACAGGUCAUGUGUUGCCUCUUAGCCUUCAAAUGUACGGUUGCAGAGUGAUUCAAAAGGCUUUAGAAGUGGUUGAUGUGGACCAGCAAACCAGAAUGGUGGCAGAGCUUGAUGGUUCAAUCAUGAAAUGUGUUCAUGAUCAGAACGGUAAUCAUGUUAUUCAAAAGUGUAUAGAGUGUGUCCCUCAGGAUCGAAUUCAAUUUAUCAUUUCAGCUUUCUAUGGCCAAGUCGUGGCGCUUUCUACCCACCCUUAUGGUUGUCGUGUCAUUCAGAGGGUGCUGGAACAUUGCAAUGAUGCAAAAACCCAACAAAUCAUUAUGGAUGAGGUCAUGCAAUCUGUAUGCACUCUAGCACAAGAUCAAUAUGGGAAUUAUGUUAUUCAGCAUGUUCUUGAACACGGUAAGCCACAUGAGCGGUCCACGAUCAUCAGCAAGCUUGCUGGACAAAUUGUGAAGAUGAGUCAGCAGAAAUUUGCUUCUAAUGUCGUUGAAAAGUGCUUGACUUUUGGUGGGCCAGAGGAACGACAAAUUCUGGUCAACGAGAUGCUUGGUUCAACUGAUGAAAAUGAGCCAUUACAGGCUAUGAUGAAAGAUCAAUUUGGAAACUAUGUCGUGCAAAAGGUUCUUGAAACAUGCGAUGAUCAAAAUCUUGAGUUGAUUCUUUCUCGAAUCAAGGUCCAUUUAAAUGGCCUGAAGAGGUAUACUUACGGCAAACAUAUUGUUUCCCGUGUUGAGAAGCUUAUUGCAACUGGAGAAAGGCGUAUAGGAUUACUAUCCAGCCUAUCCUCAUUGAGCUCCUGAAAAGCCCAUAUAUGGCUUCUCUUCUCUGCAUUCAUGACAAGACUGCAAAUCAAUGCAAUUUUGUACAGCUGACAUGGAUGGUGAGUUUCUUAUUCAUUAUCCUGAGUCUUAUCCCUACUGAAAAGGAGUUUGUAGAUAAACACAAAUCUGCUAGACCUAGAGAAUAAGAUGAUCGUUGUCGAUAUAUGAUUUUGUAUAUUCGUCGCACUAGCACUAUUAUGAAAAGAAGACUUCACCGAUGGUUGAAUCGGAAGAGGAUGGCAUAUAUUUUUCAUAUCCAUUCUGGAAAUUUAGAUGAUUGAAGCUAUAUAGAUUGUAAAAAGCAGAAGUUUGGGUGUAAAUUGCUUAAUAACAGGUAGAGUUCCCUAAUUAGGUGAAGUCUUUUUGAACUUUGAGAAUUUUUUAUGGAAAGCUAUAUAUAUAUAUAUAUAUAUAUAUGUAAAUAUGCAGCAAAGUUUUGGACUGUUAUUUUAUUGGUAAGGCUUAUUAUCUGAUGAAUAUUAUUUAUUUAUAA